AUGGCUAAGGCUAAGAAGACCACUGAUACCCUCUCCUCGCGCCUUGCGCUUGUGAUGAAGUCCGGCAAGGUCACUAUGGGAUCCAAAUCUACCCUCAAGACCCUCCGCUCUGGCAAGGCCAAGCUCAUCCUCAUUGCUGGAAACUGCCCACCUCUGCGCAAGUCGGAGCUCGAGUACUAUGCUAUGCUUGCUAAGGUCCCAGUCCACCACUUCCACGGAAACAACAUUGAACUUGGAACUGCCUGCGGUAAACUUUUCCGCUGCUCUACCAUGGCCAUCCUCGAUGCUGGUGACUCCGACAUCUUGACCCGUGAGGCAUAG